GUCAUUAUUUCAAUAUUUUUUUUGUAGUAAAAUCUCCUUGUGAGUAUAGUAUUCGUUGAGUAAAAUACUUUUAUGAAUUUCGCAAAAAAUUGCCCCACUUUAAUCGAAAUUGGAAUUCAUCAAAAAUUGCGUUGCGGUGCCGCAAACCUUUACAUCUGCUUAGUGCUUACCACACUAAUUAUUAAUCUACGAUCGUGAUCUCCAAAAUAUCUCAUAAAUGAAGACCCACAGACCUAACUGAUUUAUCACUAUCGAGUAAAAGUGGUGUAAAGCGAUAACUACAAUGGGCAGAAAUAAGAUGAUUGCUAAAAGCUGUCCCAAGUGCGAAAUGCAGGUAGCAGUGGCAUCGAAGUCCUGUAAGUGUGGUCACACAUUUUUUGCCUCUCGUAAAGGGGCAGACUCCCUGCCUGCUGUGGAGGAUAUAAAACGCAGAACGGGGAGAGUCAGACGCUCACAGCCACAGUUUUAUGAUGCACAACAUUAUCAGAAACAAAAGAAAAGGUCACCAAAAAAGAGGUCCUUAUCGAGAUCUAUGGAUGAAGAUUAUAAAACUAAAGAGAAAAGUGAUAGUGCAACAGCAAGAGCGAGAAGGAGAAGAGCCUUGCGUCGGGCACAGCGAGAGCGUCCAGCACAGGAGAGGACUCGUGAUCCCACACCGCAGCUCCGACCCGCUCAGAUAGCUCGGUGUCAAUUGAUAUUAUCGGAAAUUAAUAGGAAAAUGCAAUCUGUUACGUGGCAACCUCCGGCUGAUAUGCAAUAAAAAGUGUCUCUUGAAAGACUCUUCCAUUUGGAGUGGCUGUAUACCAUGCACCUUUAAGAAAACAGGAUUCUAUGGACUGUGCCUAUAAAACAAUUUAAGACCUCAAAUAAGCCCAUUGGACUGACAAACAGUUUGUGUAUGGCCAAAAUAAUGUAGAAAUUAUGAUAGUAUGACAGAAAACUUAGCAGGUUUCCUUUGAAUCAAAAGGAUCAAAUGCGUGAAAAAAUGAUGCGUUAUAAGCAGGUUGUAACUUUGUAAUUGUCAAAGUGUAUUAGCUAACUUUAUUAAUUCGCUUAUUGAGAACUGAAGUAACCUAAUGGAAAUGUUUAUGAGAAAGAUUAGAUAGAAAGAAGAGAAGAAGAAAACAAUUUUGAGUUCUUUGACAACAACUGAAAAACCGAGAUUUUGGUUUUGGUCUCAAUGAGUUGUAUGUAAAUGACUGAAGAGUGAAGCACUAUAACUAUGUUAGUAGACUGUAUAAUUAAAUUAAUGUUAAAUAUUAAUUAAAUAUUUUAUUUCUUUGCC